GCCUGAGCUGCCUUUUCCAAGACAGGAGAGCAAGCGCUUGCCUGGCUGGACUGAGCGUGGUGAACUCACGUCGCCUUUAGGAAUGGCUGCAAAAGCCCACACCUGGAACUCCCUCCCUUCCUGCCCCCCCACGGCAGGUUGCAUUCGGGAGGCUCUCCAGUCAUUAGAGGAAUGAGCCGAGGGUGAGCAAUUCACCAGCUCGCCAGCACUUCGAGAACAGCAGGCAAGGAUGGAUGUGGUCGACAGCCUUCUUGUGAAUGGAAGCAACAUCACUCCUCCCUGUGAGCUGGGAAUCGAAAAUGAGACACUUUUCUGCUUGGAUCAGCCCCAUCCUUCUAAAGAGUGGCAGCCAGCCGUGCAGAUACUUCUGUACUCCUUGAUAUUCCUGCUCAGUGUCCUGGGGAAUACGCUGGUCAUUACGGUGCUGAUUCGGAACAAGAGGAUGAGAACGGUCACCAACAUCUUUCUGCUCUCACUGGCGGUCAGCGACCUCAUGCUCUGCCUCUUCUGCAUGCCGUUCAACCUCAUCCCCAACCUGCUCAAGGAUUUCAUCUUUGGGAGUGCCGUCUGCAAGACCACCACCUACUUCAUGGGCACCUCUGUGAGCGUAUCCACCUUUAAUCUGGUUGCCAUAUCUCUGGAAAGAUACGGUGCGAUUUGCAAACCCUUACAGUCCCGGGUCUGGCAGACCAAAUCCCAUGCUUUGAAGGUGAUCGCCACGACCUGGUGCCUCUCCUUUACCAUUAUGACUCCGUACCCAAUUUAUAGCAACCUGGUGCCUUUUACCAAAAAUAACAACCAGACAGCAAAUAUGUGCCGCUUCCUACUGCCAAAUGACGUCAUGCAGCAGUCCUGGCACACGUUCCUGUUACUCAUCCUCUUUCUUAUUCCUGGAAUUGUGAUGAUGGUGGCGUAUGGAUUGAUCUCUUUGGAACUUUACCAAGGAAUAAAAUUUGAUGCUAUCCAGAAGAAGUCUACUAGGGACAGGAAGCCGAGCACCGGCAGCAGCGGCAGGUAUGAGGACAGCGAUGGGUGUUACCUGCAGAAGGCCAAGCCCCGCAGGAAGCUGGAGCUCCAGCAGCUGUCCACACCCAGCAGCGGCAGGGUCAGCCGCAUCAGGAGCAGCAGCUCCACGGCCAACCUGAUGGCCAAGAAGCGGGUGAUCCGCAUGCUCAUGGUCAUCGUGGUCCUCUUCUUCCUGUGCUGGAUGCCCAUCUUCAGCGCCAACGCCUGGCGGGCCUAUGACACGGCUUCGGCUGAGCGCCACCUCUCGGGGACCCCCAUUUCUUUCAUCCUCCUGCUGUCCUACACCUCCUCCUGCGUCAACCCCAUCAUCUACUGCUUCAUGAACAAACGGUUCCGCCUCGGCUUCAUGGCCACCUUCCCCUGCUGCCCCAACCCCGGUCCCCCAGGAACGAGGGGAGAGGUGGGAGAGGAGGAGGAAGGCAGGACCGUGGGGGCCUCUCUGUCCCGGUAUUCCUACAGCCACAGGAGCGCCUCGGCGCCGCCCCCCUGAGCCGGACCCGCCUCCCGCGCCACAGGAAGGAGUGGGCAGCGGUGGGGAGACGAGGAGGAAGAUUCCAUUACCAGUGGGAACUGUUCAUGGUCUGCUUUUCAUCCUUCAUCCUGGUUCCAGGGGGACGCAGGCAGAGUAGGGCUGUGACUUCGUUUCUGGGCAGUUCAAGGCAGGAAAUGCUUAGUAACACCCACCAUCAGAAACACCUCAACAGGCCAGUCACAGGAGUACAACAGGGCCCCCACUACAAAAGGCAAUGCCAAACACAUGGUCCAGAUGGAGAUGUGGACCCUACUUAAGUUUUAGAAGUUUCUAGAACACCCAAGGUGGGCUCACACUCCCCCUAGUGACACCGCUUUAUGCUCUACUUCAUCUGCGGAUGAAGAAGUGUGGAGCAUUGCUUUGCCCCUGGAGUGAGUCUAUCAUGUAUAUACUGUAACCACCCCUCUCAUCAUGACCACAAAAAGGCAACAUGAACCAAAUCCUCUUCUGGCCAUUUUUCUGAAGCAAGACAACAGUCUGACUUUUUCUUUUGAGGUUGGUGAAGGCCAUUAUGGUGUCAUCAAAACAGCAUAAGGAAUGUUGUUUUGAUGAAUUGGGAAUUUAUGUUUCUAAAAAGAAAACAGAUGUGUGGCAAAUAGCUGAGUGGAAUGUUGUCUUCCCAUAGUGAACAUUAAGAGCCAGUAGGCAUACAGAAUUUUUUUUCUACUUUAAUGACCUAUAUCGCUUAACUCCACCUUUAUAUGGCAAUAUGGGACGCCGUGGCCUCUUUGCCUCAAUUUCUCAUACUCAUCUGGCACUGCCUCUUUCCCAGAAAGACUCCAGGUACAAAGGAAAGUUGUAACCUCUGUGUACCUGUCCAAGGGUGGAAACAGAAACAUGUGUGGCCAGUCCCAGAAGAAAAACUGACAUACUUGGAUUCCAUUCGCAAAUAGCUUUGAAGGUCAAAGUGUUCUGUCCCGUUAAAUUCAAUCUAUGUAUUUGUCAGUAAUUGUAUUAAUUUGUAAGUAUGUUCUUUACAUAUAAAUAUAUUCUUCCGUGUGUUUAAAAAAGGAAAAACAGUGAAUGGGCGUUGGAAUUCGGUAAUUGUUAUUUUACAUUCCUUCACAACAGCUAGAUUUCCAUGUGAAAUUUUCCUUACAAAAUUAAGGUUGAAAUAUCUCUUCUCCAAUUUAGAAAUUUCAAUUAAAAUAAGACAGGAGCUAUAAAUUUAGAUAGUAGGAAGUGCAUUUCUAGAAUAGGAUUUAUCAAUGUGCUCUGCCAGCACUUCUGUCUUUUUCUUUCUUUUUUUCAGGACAACAUUGUCUUGACCACUUAAAUACUUUAACAGGCAUUUUUGACACAAACAAGUGCGCGUGUUAGUGUAGGAAUAAAAAAGGAAAGAAGGAGAGAAGGAAGGAAGGAAGACAGGGAAGAAGGGAGGAAGUUCAUAGUGUCCAUACCUCCAAGCAACUGACAAGUGAGCUUUCCUUUUCCUGGCUUUCAUGCAACUAUGACUAUCCACUGCGCCAGGCCUGAUAUUCUUCAGGAUGCACAAAGGUUGGUGAUUUCAAUCAUGAAAAAAAAAAAACAAACCAAAACUGGUGUGGAAAGGAGAAAGGGGAAGACCUUGGCAAGAGCGAUCAUGAAUAGGGAAGGGAUGUUGUGUAACUUAAUAAGAUGUCAGCAUCACCCUUUGAUUUUUUGGGUGGGAUGGCCAUGUGCUAAUAGACGAAAAAUAAUUGAGGACCUGACCAUUAAUUAUAGGGGACUUUUCAAGCCAGGUGUUAGUUUUUCUAUUUCUCAGGCUACAGUGUAAUGUUAGCAUUUAUAACCAGUCAUCUCAAAUAUUUCAAGGUAAAAAUUCAACUGAUUAAAGCACAUACUGCUAAAUGAUCAAAGGAAUAAGACAUGAAAUUGUCUCCAUUAUUUAAGUAAAUUCUACAAAAUCUACAAUUUUCCUUCCAGAAGCAGAAGUCUUCCCCUUUGGCAGUGUUAACUUAUACAUAAAGAUAAAUUAGGCCCUCCCCCCAUGACUGCGGGCUUCUGGAAGUUCCAAAGUUGUGUUAACCUUCACACAGGACUGCCAGAUUUAGCAAAUAACAAUAUGGGCUGCCCAGUUGAAUUCUAAUUCCAAAUAAACAACAAAUAAUUUUUUUUUAGCAGGAGUAUGCCCCAUGCACUAACAUACAUCUUGUAUUUUAUCUGGCAACACUACUUUAAAAUAAUUUUUAAAGUACAUAAAAAUAGAAAUAAGAUUUCCUGGAUACAGAACAAUAAUAUACCUUCGUUCACUAAAAUUCAUUGCAUGGUCUUUCAUAUAAUAGAAGCUCAUUUUAGAAAGACGAAAAAUGCUAUUAACUUUCAGAAUCUGGGUCUGGCCUUUGGGAAUGGUACUAUCAACAGACUGAUUUUACUCAAGAAACAUUUUUAUUAAUAUAAAGCUAUUCUAGUACUUUGUUGACUCAACCGCCUUUAUCUCAUGCUGCAACGGAUUACUAAUUUGAUUUUGAACUAGAGGGGCCUAUUACAGUGAAGAAAACUGAUUCACCAAGUUCCUCAUGUUUUCUAGUGUUUUCGGGUAGCUUCCACACAUCACCAGUGCGGUCAAUCACAAAUGUGUCCUUGAUGUUUACUUUACCCACGUGUUCCCGUGGCUUCUGGCGCCCCGGUUACUUGUGGUAAUUUCGCAAGAUAAACUGUGGUGGUGAAUGAGCAAUGCAUGUAUCCAUAUGUUGGUCUCACAUGUUUGCGUAUGCUUAACAUGUAUCUCCUCCAUUCAGUUAAAAUGUAAUCGUGAGGCAUGUGACAAUAGCUGUUGAACUGCCCGCCUCCACUGUAAUUCCUCCCAGUGUUUUG